AAUGAGCACAUGUCGAUGGUGUACACUUAGUGGUUCUGACACCACUGAGUUCCUGAAGGACUAUGCUUCCAACCAGUUGCCCCCGGAAGAUCUGGAAGGCUCCAAUGAUGAUCUCUGUUACUGCCUGGAAUGUGUGGUUGAAUACCACAAAGCAAGGGAGAGGAUGCCAAGGUUGCACCAGGUCUUGUGGGAGUUGGAAACCUCCAGACUUAUUGCCCACAUUGAGAAAUCCAUGCAAGAAGAAGAUGAAGCUGGUGAUGAGUUGUAUCUAGUGGAUGAGAAUGGAGACACUCUGCUGUCUGGUUAUGUGGGCCCAGACUUUGAGAACAACUUGAGAGUGCCUCUGCUGGAAAUCCUGAAGUAUCCCUACCUGCUGCUGCAUGAGAGAGUCAGUGAACUGUGUGUCCAGGUGCUCUGUAGGAUGGAACAAAGCCACAGCUCCUUUCAGGUCUUUGAGAAAUAUCCAGGAAUUUACCUCUUUUUGGUUCAUCCAAAUGAAGUGAUUCGUCGCUGGGCCAUCCUGACAGCAAGGAGUUUAGGCAAGGUUGACAGGGAUGAUUAUUAUGACUUGCAGGAAGUGCUGACUUGCUUGUUCAGAGUCAUUGAACUGGGGCUUUUUGAGAGUCCAGAUAUUUACAGCUCCUCAAUGAUUGAAAAGGGUAAACUCAUCCUUCUGCCAUCUCAUUUGUAUGACACUACCAACUACAAGAACUAUUGGCUAGGGAUUUGCAUGUUGCUAACAGUGCUGGAAGAUGAAGCUAUGGACUCCUUAUUGCUGGGCCCAGGCAAACAAAAUGAUUUCAUGCAGUCAAUACUUCACACCAUGGAGAAAGAAGGAGCUGAUGAGUCUACUGACCCCUUCUGGCCAGCACUGCACUGUUUCAUGGUCAUUUUGGAUCAGCUGGGAUCAAAAGUCUGGGGGCAGCUUAUUGAUCCUGUCCAGGCCUUCCAAACCAUUAUCAACAGUGUGAGCUACAACAAUGAAAUCAAAAACAUCCGCAGUAGCUUUAUGAGGAUGAAAUCUGAGCCAGAGCCAGCUGAGGAUGAGGAGAUGAUAACCUGCAGUCAGAUUGUGUACAAUUACAACAUAGAAAAGCCACAAAAGGACACGGGGUGGAAGGCUGCCAUUUGCCCGGAGUACUGCCCCGGCCUGUACGAGGAUAUGCAGACGCUGGCCAGCGUGCUGCAGUCGGACAUGGGCAGAGACAUGCGUGUCCACGAGAGCACCUUCCUCUGGUUCAUCCCUUUUGUUCAGUCACUGAUGGACCUGAAGGACUUGGGUAUGGCGUACAUUGUCGAAGUCAUUCACUACCUCUGCUCAGAAAUCAGAGACACCCUCAACAAAAGGAUCCAGCAGUGCGACAAGGUCGCUGAAUUUUUCCUCCUGAUCUUGGUGUCCAUCAUUGAACUGCACAGGAACAAGAAGUGCCUGCAUUUGCUGUGGAUUAGCUCCCAAGAGUGGGUGGAAGCGGUGGUGAGAAGCUCUAAGCUGCCUGCCUCGGCCUUCACCCGCCGCACCGACAAAGCCCCCGGCGUGAGAGGCUCCCCCGGAUCUCAGCAGGCCUCCAACUCUGUGCAGCAAGCCUGCGUGCAGCUGAUACGCAGCCUGCUGAAAGAGGGCUAUCAAAUUGGGCAGCAAGCUCUUUGCAAGCAGUACCUGAACAAACUCAACCUCCUCCUGAGAGGAAAUCUGUCUCUGGGCUGGCAGCUGAACGACCAGGAAACUCAGGAAUUGCAGGUGUGCCUAAGGCAGGUGAUAAGAAGCAUAAAGAACAGACCACUGAAUACCUCUGCUGCUGCAGGAAACAAUGGAAGCUGCCCAACCUUGCCUGCUGGGUCUAUAAAUCAAGAGAAGAGUGAUGAUGGCUGCAGGGCGAGUGGACAUGGCAGGGAUGACCUUUCUGCACCAGCUGCUGCCGCAUCAAAGGAAGGGGGAGAUGGAGAUUGCCAAGAGAGCCCUUUCUUCAGAAGAAAGAGUGCUUGGGAAGAGGAAUGCAGGGACCCAUCUAUAAGUGCAAAGUGUUGGACAUCCACAAAAGGCCUCUUGUUGAUUAAGAAGGAACCUGAUCAAUUUCCAGCUCAGAACUCUUUGGCAACAAAAUUGUGUAGGAAAGUUCAGGAGAAGAGGGCAGAUGAUCACGUGGCAGGGAAAGGCCACCCAGGUAAUCAGAGCCUUAACCCAAAUGCUCAGUGUCCAGAUGGCAGGAGAGGCCCAGAGCUGGAAACCCAGCGUGAAGCAGCACCCAUAACUGCAGUGCAUCUGGCUGUUCCACCUCAUGUUGCUUCUCAUGGGGAUGUUCACAGCUCGCAUAGAAAGGAGAGCAAUGCAGCUCCCGGUUCUCCUUCAAAGCUUGAGGUAAAAAACUUCAAACUCAGGGAUCUGAAAGUCACAGUAGAGAGAUUACUACUGCCCUUCAAAAUGAAGCAGCUAGCAAAGCCACCUGACUUGAAGAACUCUUCAGCAGCAAGUGCUUCAAAAGCAGAGGCAGAUCAACCCAAGCUGGGUAGUGGCUCUCCAGGUACAAGCAAAGCCUGUCCUAAAUAUCAGGCAGGGGACACUGUGUGUGGAAAGGACAUCUCUGUUGCUACUCCACCUUUGAAGAGUUGUGAAAGUCCACAGGAGGAAAGUGCCAGCAGUGCUUUUCAAAGCAGAGUGGUCCCCAGUAAAGUAGCAAAGAAAUCACCAGUAGAUUGCUCUGUGUCCUCUAAAGAUGAACCAGCUUUGCAGAGGAGUGAAGAUGAUUUGUUUUCAGGGACUGGUGCCAAAAAAGCACUGAAAAAAGCAUCUACUGGAAAAAGGUCACAUUUGCCCUGGAAGCCUGCAUCUAAACCAAACUCUGACAUGCAAAAAACUUCAGGCUGGAAGCAGCCUCGUUUGGAUGACUUGGUUAAAUCUGACUGCAGAGGUCACGUUUCAGAGGCCUCUUGUGUGAAGGAAACUUCAGCAAACGGUUGUGUGCCAUCCAGCUCUGAAAACAAGAGGGACCUGCCCAGCCCUGCUUCUCAGAGCAGGCCACUGUCUGUGAAGGGUGGAACAAGUGACAGGUUGUUGGCAUUUUCAGAGUAUUUCAAGAGAGAAAACAGUUCAGUGGUGGAGAAAGAGAAAGGUGGUGUGGAGGUGGAGCCUGAAGACAGUUCUGUAACGGACUCCCAGGUCGAUAGAGAGCUCAGUAAAUUAUCUUUAGCUGCCUAUGCCAAAGGUGUCAACUUCCCCUUUGAUUCCAGGGAAGAGAGCUCCGUCCACGAUGGUGUGAGUGAUGUGAAAAGGAAGGUGAAAGGUGCUGUAAGGUUUUUCUUUGAUGACCAAAGUACCAAGCCUUUCUCUGAGGGUGGCAGUCGAGCCACUGUCAUUUCAGACUCUUCUUCUGAAGAAAGUGUGGCUGAGGAGGAGGAACCAAAACAAGUCGAUGAAACUAUGUCCCUUGACAAGCAGCCUUCGCCUUCCAGCUGCGUUUCUGAGUUGAUAUCGCCAAGCUUCCACUUGUUCCUGGAUGAGUGUGAGUCUCAGUGCUUUGAGUUUGAAACAGAUGAGGAUGUCCACUCAGUUUGGUCAGACACUCAAGCCAUGGAGCCAACUCAGGAGUACAAACAAGAUCAGCUUUCAGGCACAGCUGGCAGCAGUAAUUCAGGCGACGCACAGAACGACGACAGCCUUGACCACACCAUCGACUGGGGUUAUGAAGUGGAUUACGUAACCGAUGAGCUGAUGGAAGAAGAAGUAACCCUCAUAGAGAAGCAGCUAGAAGAUGCUUCUCAACAAGAAGAAGGUGAUCGUACAAAGAAAGCAACUAACUUGGUAUUGGAAGAAUCUGUUAGUAAGGGAAAUGUGGAAGAUCAGCUGGAGAAUGUUGCAGACAGAGGUCCAACUGUUGCUCAAGACUUCACCCUGGACUCAGCUGAACCCAGAGCAUCUACAUCUAGCAUCUCCUUGGCUUCAAAGCUGGCCCUUAAGAAAAAGAGCCUGAGCCCACGGAGCAGCGUAGCCAAACAUAAGGUAGCAAGAACCGUUCAGAGAAGUCCCAAAAACCCUCUUCUUAAAGCAGCACAGAGCAAACUACUUCUAAAUACCUCAGCUUCUCAACCUGGCAGGUCACUGCCUGCAGUGGUUCCUCCAAAGAAGGUUAGGCAGUGUCCAGUGCCAGCAUCAACUGUCGAGAAGCUGGGUCUGAAGAAGGCUCCUCGCAAGGCGUUCGAGUUGUCCCAGCGCUCUUUGGAGAGCAUCGUUGAGCUGCGCAGCCACGGGAAAGCUGCAGGGAGGGUUGGACAGCCCCAGAAACGGAAGACAAAGGCAAUUCCUGCUCAGACUCUGGCCAUAAAGUACAACAAAAAAUUCCUAGCCUGCCAGGACUUUUUAAGGCAGACAAGGCCCCGUAAACAUGCCCAAGAACCUCUGGGAGGUUGUGAGAGUAGAAACAAAGUAAGGAGAGUGGAUGUAAAAUCAAAGAAACCAAAGCCUCCAAAUUUGAAGCUGGCAUCUGGUGAGGGAUCUGUUGAAACCCAAAAAGACAAAGGGAAGAAGGCUGUUUGUCCCUCUGAGGAGCCACAUGCCUCUAAACUGCUGAGUUCUUUAGGCUCAAGCAGAAGAUCAGAGGAUGACAGCAUGAUGGUUCCUCCUGUACCUACAGUUUCAAGUCUCUCUUCCACUGUGCUUGUUGGAGAUGAUAGUGACAAACCUUCAGGCAAAGGCUGUGUUGUCCAACCUGAGUCUGAGAAGACAACUUCAACAGAAAAUGGGUGUGAAGCAGAUGAGGACAGUGGAGAUGAUGAUAAUUUGUUUUUAACUCAAUUAGAUCCUGAGGACAUGGAAUUAUGUUCCCAGUUGGAAAGUGUUGAAGAUAUUACUAUAGGUAGUAAAAAACCUGAGGAGAUGGACACUGCUGAGAGCAUUCAGCAGAGUGAAGCCUCAGCUGUGGAGCAAUGCAAGCACACAGACUGUGUGGAGAAGGUGGGAAAGCCAGGAGAGUACUGCAGGGAGCAUUCAGCCAGCAGCUUGGAAGGAGACCAUGUGUUUGCUGUACCUCUCCUGCCACCUCCUAAACCAAGAAAGCCUUCCACCACCAAAAUCUUCAGCUCAGCGAGCUCCUCACGCAGUGCAGCCUUCAGCAAGGACCUAGAGGACGGCAAAAAGCUGCCCCCAGCUUCCAAAAGCAAAGUGAUGGCAGCGAAACAGCUGGUGGUCAGGCCCCCCGGGGUAAGGGCUGCACCAACAGCUGCUCAGCCCCACAGGCCUCCCAGUGUGAGUAAUGCACCUCAGCCCUACAGCUAUGGCAACGUUCUUCAGUCACACAACAGACAGAAUGAGAUUGCUCCAGCUGCUUCCAGAGGAGCUGCCAGAAGCAGCCCUGGUGCUAAGCAGAGGGACAACAACACUUUUGUGAAUGAAGUUCUGAACUGGACUUACGAAUCCAUCGCAAACUGCAGCCAGUUUGGACCUCCCAGUAGCCUCCUGCAGUCUGUUGUGGCCCCUGUUCCUGUCCACUUCCAGGGAUACAAUGACUACUUCAAUACCUUCUUCCCCUUGAUGAUGCUAAAUGCCUUUGAAACACUGGCACAAGGCUGGAUAGAAAACCAGAGGGGAAGAGAGAAGAGUUACUACCUGCUCUGUAAGAGUGAGCUGCCAGACUUCCGUGCUGAUGUGAACACAGCACAUUUCGAAGCUCAUCUUCGAGAAGUGGAUCUGGCAAGGCAGCUUCACCCCAAGGAGGACGACGUAGUCUUUUUGGUGGUCCAGAAUAAAAAAGACUCCUUCAAGGAAGGAAAGGAGAUGGAAGACUCCAAAGUGUAUCAUGUGGGGCUUGUGACACGCUUCUGUCGUGCCUCUGGCUCUGCAGCCAGACGUAAGGAGCAGCACACUGUCUAUCAUGUUUCAGUGCAAACUCGAGGCAAUUUGUCCUUCUCCAAGAACAAGCAAGUCAAGUGCGUGGUGGUCGGCUCCCUGGUGACCACGCGCCGGGAGUUCAGAAGUCUGCUGCUGCUGAGCAGGAGCCCCCUGGCUAAAGCCAUCAUAAAUCCAUCCUACAACGACUUCUGCCCCAGAGAUUUGCCUGUGGCUUCAGAAAGUGCUGCAUCUGAUAUGAAUGACUACAAUGAAGGUCAGAAGAGAGCCAUUGAGAUAGCUUAUGCCAUGGUCAAGCAGCAUCCAGGGCUUCCCAAGAUCUGCCUCAUCCAUGGCCCACCUGGAACUGGGAAAUCCAAAACUAUUGUUGGCCUCUUGUCUCGUGUCUUGAGAGAAAACACUAGGGGUGAGAGAACAGCCAGAAAAACAAAGCCCAACCGUUUCCUGGUCUGUGCCCCAUCGAACGCCGCUGUCGAUGAGCUGAUGAAAAAGAUCAUCCUGGCUUUUAAGGAGAAGUGCCAGAACAGGCAGGAGCCUCUGGGAAAUUGUGGGGAUAUCCAAUUGGUGAGGAUUGGGGCUGAAAAAGCAAUCAACAGUGAAGUCCUGGGAUUUAGCCUGGAUAAGCAAGUUCAACACAGAAUGAAAAGAAAGACAGCUGACUUGGAGAGGGAUAUCCAGAAGAAGAAAGAAUCCACAGACCGGAGGCUGGAUGAGCUGAUCCGGCAGCGUGCCAUGAACAAAUGUGGGAAGAGGGAGAGUCAAAUGAUAGAUGAUGAAUUUAACAGAGUUUCAAAGGAGAGAGAACAUCUUGCAUCUCAGCUAAAAGAGGUUCGGGCACACUCUCAGAAAGUGCAGGCAGAGAUCAUCCUGGAGUCUGACAUCAUCUGCUGCACACUGAGUGCCAGUGGAGGAGGCCUGCUGGAAUCUACUUUAUCCAGGAAAGGAGUUGAUCCUUUCAGCUGUGUCAUUGUGGAUGAGGCAGGGCAGUCCUGUGAGGUCGAAACGCUGAUCCCACUGAUCCAUCGCUGCAACAAGCUCGUCCUUGUUGGAGAUCCCAGGCAGCUUCCUCCUACUGUAAAAUCAGUAAAAGCUCAGGAGAAUGGCUAUGACCAGUCCUUGAUGGCAAGGCUGCACAGGCACCUGGAGGAGCAGCUCCAGAGCACCAUGUUCCGCAGCCUGCCCGUGGUGCAGCUGACUGUGCAGUACAGGAUGCACCCUGACAUCUGCCUCUUCCCAUCCAACUAUGUUUAUGGCAGGACUCUAAAGACUGACAGAGCAACAGAAGAGAGCAGAUGUUCUUCAGACUGGCCAUUCCAGCCCUACCUCAUCUUUGAUGUGGGAGAUGGUCGUGAGGAGCGAGACAAUGAGUCUUUCUGCAAUCCUCAGGAGGUAAAGCUGGUGAUGGAAUUGAUCAAAGUAAUUAAAGCAAGAAGGAAGGAUCUGGGCCUUCGCCGCAUUGGGAUCAUUACCCCUUACAGUGCCCAGAAGAAGAGAAUCCAAAGGCAGCUGGACAAAGUGUUUGGGAGCAACAGCCCAGGAGAAGUGGAUACAGUGGAUGCCUUCCAGGGACGGGAGAAAGACUGCGUCAUAGUGACCUGCGUCCGGGCAAACGCCACCAAAGGCUCCAUUGGGUUUCUGGCAAGCCUUCAGCGCCUGAACGUCACGAUCACCAGAGCCAGGUUCAGCCUCUUCAUCCUUGGAAGGCUGGAAACACUCAUGGAAAACAAGGACUGGAACGAGUUGAUUCAGGAUGCUCAUAAAAGAGGAGCCAUUAUCAAGACCUCAGAAGAAAGCUACAAGAGAGAUGCUCUUAGGAUCUUGAAGCUCAAGCCAACAGUAUGGUGUCCAACCAAGGCAGGGACAAAGACACCUGCUCUGCAGCCUCCUUCUUCCAGUGGCAAGAGGGCUGAGCCUGCAAAUGCAAGGGAGGCCAGCGGCAGCCCAUUGGGACCUGCUGCUGGCCACGCAGCGCUGCAAGGAAGCCGAGGGCCCCAGCAGGCACAGGGAGCUCAGGCUGUGGACUCCAGGAGAGGCAGUGCCUCCACACCCACGCAGGCUGCAGCACCUCCUGCUGCUCAAGAGAAGCCAAGGGACCCAAGGAGGGCAGGCAUGGCUGGUAGGACUGAAGCAAAAGGGAAGGAGCAGGUCUCCAAAAGUAGCAGUUGGGCAGCCCAGAGCGCUCCAGGGUCAACGCCACAGCAAGGUCUUGAGGUGUCCUCAGCCAGCAGGGACCAGAGUUCCAGAGCAGAAACUGCUAAGAAGCCCCAGCAUGGGGUGGGGCAUUGUGUGCUGCCCUCCACAUCCUCACCUUCCCGAGCUCGCCACGAGCACGACCGCAGAGCUGCUGUGCCGAGGAGGAGCUCCACGGCCCCCUGCGAAGGAGGCCGCGGGGAGAGCAGCAGGAGGAGCAGGGACAGUCACGCUCCAAGAAGAGGAUCAGAGAGCACAGAACCCUGCAGCACCAAGAGGAGGAAGAUUUCUCACUGACUGCAGCUUUGGCUCCUCCCUGGGAAACCAACCAAAC